CUCGCGUGCAGCCGAGGAGGGGCCGUCCAGAGAUACCUCCAAGAGGAUAGGCCCUGCGCCGAAGAGCCGCCGCGCGGCCACCACCUCCGCGGCCGGCUCUCCCCCCCGCGCCGCGGCCCGGCGGCGCGCGGCGCGCGUCGCGGGCCCGAUGGAGGGUUGGAAGAAGCUGCUGCUGGCCGCAGGCGGGGCUGCCGGGGCCGCCGCGGUGCUGUACUGCCUGAUAAGGGACGACCGCGAGCAGAGGCCGCAUUCCAGGGAGGUUGCGGCCGCCGCCGAGGGGGAGGAGAAGAAGAAGUUCACCAAGGAGCAGGCACUCAGGAUCCUGCGCGAGGUGGCGGACUCCCAGGAGUCCAUCCGGAAGCACAUGAAGGCACUCACGAAGGGCCUCAUCGACAGCGGCUCCGCGGUUGACUUCGACAGCAUCUACAGCCAGAUCCAUGCCGUGCAGCCGGAGGACCCCCUGGAGCGGCACGGUCUCUCCGUGCCGGACUUCGACCAGCUGCUCAACCAGUACCAGGGGGACCCCGAGGCAGAGGGCAUGGCGAGGAUCAUGGGCUGUGGCGGACGCCGUCGCCGCCACGCGGGGCGACGGCGAGGUUGUAGACGACGCCAAGCUGAUAAAGGUGCACACCUUCAUGAUCGAAGAACUGGAGCGCCUAGUCAGCCACUUCGCGUCCAUCAAGGGCAGCAGGGACUACGACCUGAAGACGGUGACCCUCGCCGUGCAAGCCGCCGUCAGCACCGAGGUGGAGAGGAAGUUCGGGCUGGCCUCGGAGGACAUCGAGCGCGCCGUGUUCCAGAACCACACGAAGCUCGCCACGAAUCAGGAGUUCGCGAACAUCAACGCCCGGAUGCAGCAGAAGAUGGCGGAGCUGAUGGGGCCACUGGCGCCCUGAGGGCCUGCUCCGCGCACCUGCGUCAUCAUCAUCGUCGUCGUCGUCGUCGUCCUCCUCGUCCUCGUCCUCGUC